AUGUCCGCUGAGGAGAUCUUCGAGGGUGCCAUCGGUAUCGACCUUGGCACCACCUACUCGUGUGUUGGUGUCUGGGCCAACGACCGCGUUGAGAUCAUUGCCAACGACCAGGGUAACCGUACCACCCCCUCGUACGUUGCCUUCACCGAGGGCGAGCGUCUCAUUGGUGAUGCCGCCAAGAACCAGUCGGCCAUGAACCCCAUCAACACCGUCUUCGACGCCAAGCGUCUUAUCGGUCGCCGCUUCGACGACUCGGACGUCAAGAAGGACAUGGCUCACUGGCCUUUCGCCGUCAUUGACAAGGAGGGUUCGCCUUACGUUGAGGUCGAGUACCUCGGCGAGAAGAAGACCUUCUCCCCCCAGGAGAUCUCCGCCAUGGUCCUCACCAAGAUGAAGGAGAUUGCCGAGGCUAAGAUUGGCAAGACCGUCAAGAAGGCCGUCAUCACCGUCCCCGCCUACUUCAACGACUCGCAGCGUCUUGCCACCAAGGACGCCGGUGCCAUUGCUGGCCUUGACGUUCUCCGUAUCAUCAACGAGCCCACCGCUGCCGCCAUUGCCUACGGCCUCGACCAGAAGUCGAAGGAGGAGAAGAACGUCCUCAUCUUCGACCUCGGUGGUGGUACCUUCGAUGUUUCGCUCCUCUCGAUCACUGGUGGUGUCUUCGCCGUCAAGGCCACCGCUGGUGACACCCACCUUGGUGGUGAGGACUUCGACAACACCCUCCUUGAGCACUUCAAGGCCGAGUUCAAGCGCAAGAACAAGCUUGACAUCUCGGACGACCCCCGUGCUCUCCGUCGUCUCCGUUCGGCCUGUGAGCGUGCCAAGCGCACCCUCUCGUCGGUCACCCAGACCACUGUCGAGGUCGACUCGCUCUACCAGGGCACUGACUUCUCGUCGAACAUCACCCGUGCUCGUUUCGAGGAGAUCAACGCCGUCGCUUUCAAGUCGACCAUCGAGCCCGUUGAGAAGGUCCUCAAGGACGCCAAGUCGACCCCUGCCAAGGUUGACGACAUUGUCCUCGUUGGUGGCUCUACCCGUAUCCCCAAGAUCCAGUCGCUCGUCUCCGAGUACUUCGGUGGCCGCCAGCUGAACAAGUCGAUCAACCCUGACGAGGCUGUCGCUUACGGUGCCGCCGUCCAGGGUGCCGUCCUCACCAACCAGACCUCGGACAAGACCGCCGACCUCCUCCUCCUCGACGUCGCUCCCCUCUCGCUCGGUGUUGCCAUGCAGGGUGACAUCUUCGGUGUCGUGCUCCCCCGCAACACCCCCAUCCCCUCGAACAAGUCGCGUGUCUUCACCACCGUUGAGGACAACCAGACCACCGUCAUGUUCCCCGUCUACGAGGGUGAGCGUACCCAGUGCAAGGACAACCGCCUCCUCGGCGAAUUCGAGCUGUCGGGCAUCCCCCCCAUGCCCCGCGGCCAGGCUGAGCUUGUCUGCACGUUCGAGGUCGACGCCAACGGUCUCCUCAAGGUCUCGGCCCAGGACAAGGCCUCGGGCAAGAAGGCUGCCAUCACCAUCCAGAACUCGGUUGGCCGUCUCUCGUCCGACGAGAUCCAGGCUAUGAUCCGCGACGCUGAGACUUACAAGGCAAGCGACAAGGAGCACACCGCCCGUCACGAGGCCAAGUCGGACCUCGAGUCGUACAUCCACACUGCCGAGAGCCAGAUCAGCAACCCCGAGAUGGGCGCCAAGCUUAAGCGUGGUGCUCGCGCCGCCAUCGAGGCUGAGAUCGCGAAGUCGCUCGAGGCGAUUGAGACUGAGGACAUCACCACCGACCAGCUGAAGAGGGCCCACCUCGGCCUUAAGCGUGCCGUCCAGAAGGCGUUUGCUUCGUCUAGGUAG